AUACCUAAUUGAUUGUCACAAGGUCCUUGACAGAUUGUCACCACUUGCCGAACUUCAAUUCCAUGAGACAUUUUGUUCCAGAUCACCAAGAUGGCCAAAGCAACUUACGACUUCAAUGACAAGCUCUCGUUCCUGGCAGAAUGGUUCGACUACGGAUUAUCUUACCAUAAAAAGUUCAUUCUCAAUUACUACCCAAGCGACAAUACUGUGGACAUCUUCGACAGGGAGUUGAACAAAAUGUACCUGAAACGUACCAGAAUAGAAGAACUGGCAUUGGACGAUAUGUUCGUCGGUAAUACUGUGAGAAUUUACGGCAGGCAGAUCAAAAUCACAGACUGUGCCGACUGUCGCACACAAAAAUACAUCGGAAAAGCCAAACAAAGGACAGUUGUCAUACUGAAGCCUAACGUGGUUGAUAAGCUGGGAGAGAUAAUCAACCGCAUACAAGACAACAAUUUCCAGAUAGCCAAACUCCGCAUGUGCGUUCUCAGUAGGAAGGAGGCCCUGGAAUUCUACGAGGAUCGGAAGGGGGAAACCUCUCUUCCUUUCGUCUUGGAGCAAAUAGUGUCGGGGCCGCUGGCAGCAGUGGAGUUAGUGGGAGAAAACGCCAUAGAACGAUGGCGACAGCUCAUGGGCCCUAGUGAUCCAAUAGAAGCCAGGAAAGUAGCUCCAAAUAGCCUUAGAGCAAUCUACGGCAAGGAUUCCCACGCUACGAGUGGUUUCCAUGGUUCGGCGUCUCCGGAAAGCGCUAUCAAAGAGUCGAGCUUCUUCUUUUCCGCGAACAAGCCGCAGUCCACCAUUCUUCUGAAAAACACCACUUGCUGUGUUAUCAAACCCCACGCCAUCCACGAAGGAAACCUGGGGAACAUUAUUACGUCCAUUACCGACUCACACUUCAAGGUCACUGCUGCUCAGAUGUUCCAUUUGAGCAACGCCAACGCUGACGAAUUUUUGGAGGUCUACAAAGGCGUUGUGAGCGACUACAAUGCUUUGCUGCUCAGUUUCUUGGAUGGGCCUUGCGUAGCUCUGGAGAUAGCGGGGAAAAAUUGUGAUAUGAACGUCCAUGAGGAAUUUAGGAAGUUUUGCGGGCCUUUUGAUGCUGAGAUNUGA